AUGCAAGUAGCACAAAAACUCACUCUGUCACAUGCCAAACAACUCAUCCAACACGAUGUGAUCGGUUUCAACGCACAAUGGGAUGUACUUCCGCAUGAACAAUUCGAUCUUUCUGCACCUUUAAAAAACAAACUCAAAUAUGUGGUUUUUAUUCUACAUCCUGAAAAUCAACAUUUAAAACGAUUUUACGGACAAUCAUCGGAUGAUUUUAUUUCGAAAUCAAAUAACAAACAAUCCAAAUCGGAAUCGAAACAAUGGAUGGAUCAAGAGAUGAAAUGCAUUGACAAAGCAAAAGAGGGAUUUAAUGAAAUCUUUUAUUUUCUAAACAAUCAUCGAUUGGUCACCAUGGUUCGAGCUCAUGAUCACUUUUAUGAACGAUGGUAUCAAUUUGAUUCUUCAAAUGCCACUUGUCAUCCAAUUCAUGGUCAUGACUCAAGUGCUUCUCACGACUAUUAUUGUCUGUAUAUGAAGGCUCUGAAUGAGGAAGAAACAAUUCGCUCUGGAAAACCAUCCUUUGAUGUCGUUGGAACUUUGGCAUUUGGUGUCAAGGAUAUGAUUGUCAAUAAUCAGAAAAUGAAAAUGGCCAUUUCUGGGUCCGGAUGGGUUUCUAACAAGUAUAGAAAAGAACCAACCAUGGUGUUGUGGUAUUUACAAAUUCAAAUGAUCAAAGCGUUGGGAGUGAGAUAUUUGUAUGGACAUGUUUUUGAGGAUAAUGCAAGAAGUUUGGGAUUUCUUGGAAAGAGUGGAAUGAUUCCUUCUCCUUUACGAUUGCAUGUGGUUGGCGUCAAUGUGCCAUUGACAUCUGACAAUCAUCUCUCAAAAUCCAACACAACAAAAAUGCAAUCCCUCGACGACUAUGUCCAUCUCAUGACUCGAAUCUAUUCAGACGGAUUCUCUCUGGAUAGAACUCAUUUAACAAAACUUUUCUUUCAUCCAAAUUUCAUUGGAUGCUUUUACAAUCAAGAACACAAUUUGACAUUUACAGUUUGGAAUUACAAAAAAGCAGAAUACUUUCAAGGUGAUCAAAAAAAGACUCUGAAUGCUUUCUUAAUCAUUAACAUGAGUCCGUUACCAACACAAAAUCAAAUCAACAACCAAAUACGAGAUAUUUCAGUUCAGCAAUUCGAUGUUAUUGAAACAGCUCUGCAACAUGAAAUUUUACCAAAUUUAGUAUUGACAGACCAUUCACUCCCAUCAACAGAAUGUACCAUCGUGUACUCUACAGGAAGUACAUUCGUUAGAAAACUCAUUUGUGAACGUCAUUUACAAAAUCCGUCACUCUGUAUGGGAUCUUUUGCAUACACAUUUCAAGACAAUGAAACAUGUUUAUACUAUCUCAGACAAACUCAAGAAAACCAAUGUCAUUUCGAACGUCAAAAGAACUUCAAGUCGUCACCUCCCCAAACAGAACCAGUGUGGAAUUUUAUCAUGGGCGGGAGUAAAGAAUUGACACAUGGAUGGAAUUUGUUUUUAGAUCCUCGAGAUUGUACAAGUACUCCAUUGGUAUGGUCUGAUGACAUUAAACAUAUGGUAUUGGAGUCUAUAGAACAGCAUGUACAACGAAAUGAAACCUCUUCAAGAAGGAAUACAUUACCCUGA